AUGUGGCUUCGGUGGUGCCCGUUGGUGGCCCUCGCCAUCUCGAGCAUAGCUACGGCAGAGGAAAACUGGUCGUCGCCGCCAUACUAUCCCUCGCCAUGGACCAAGGGAGACGGAGAAUGGGAGGAGGCCUAUAACAAAGCCGUUCACUUUGUCUCGCAGCUUACGUUGGCCGAGAAGGUCAACCUGACAACCGGUGUCGGAUGGAUGCAAGAGUCUUGCGUUGGACAAGUUGGAGCUAUUCCUCGCCUUGGGUUCCGCUCUCUGUGUAUGCAGGAUGGACCUCUCGGUAUGAGGUUUGGCGACUACGUGACUGCAUUCCCUGCCGGCAUCAACGUUGCCGCUACAUGGAGCAAAGAGCUAGCCUACCUCCGCGGAAAGGCGAUGGGAGAGGAAUUCCGUGAUAAAGGCGCAGAUGUGAUAUUGGGCCCUGCAAUUGGACCCCUGGGAAGGUCGCCAGAUGGAGGACGAAACUGGGAAGGUCUAGGACCCGACCCUGUUCUGGCUGGUGAACUCGUCGCGGAGACUAUCAAGGGUAUGCAGAAAUCUGGUGUUGUUGCUUGCGCAAAACAUUUUAUUGCAAAUGAACAGGAACGCUUCCGUAUUGCUGCCGAAGCACAAGGAUAUGGGUUCGACAUCUCGGAGAGCUCUAGCUCUAACGUUGACGAUGUGACGAUGCAUGAGCUUUACCUUUGGCCCUUUGCAGAUGCCGUUAGAGCUGGAGUUGGCGCCAUUAUGUGCUCAUACAACCAAAUUAACAACAGCUAUGGCUGUGCCAACAGUUACACACAGAACAAGCUGCUCAAGGGCGAGCUUGGUUUCCGCGGCUUUAUCAUGUCUGACUGGCAGGCACAGCACAGCGGUGUUGGCGCUGCCUUUGCUGGGUUGGAUAUGUCCAUGCCUGGUGACACCCUCUUCGGCACCGGGGUCUCCUACUGGGGUGCUAACCUCACCAUUGCCGUUGCCAAUGGAACCAUCCCGGAGUGGAGAGUCGACGACAUGGCCCUCCGUAUUAUGGCUGCGUAUUAUAAAGUUGGUCGUGACCAGGCUGAAGUUCCUAUCAACUUCAACUCGUGGACAACAAACGUUGAAGGCUACCAGCAUGCGCUAGUCAACGAAGGCUACGGUAUUGUCAACCAGAGAUUGAACGUGCGCGGCCAUCAUGCACAGAUUGCCCGCCGUGUUGCCAGGGAUAGCACGGUUCUUCUGAAAAACGAGGGUGUUCUCCCCCUGACAGGAACAGAACAAUUCACAGCUAUAAUUGGAGAAGAUGCUGGUCCAAAUUUGGGCGGGCCAAAUAGCUGCCCUGAUCGUGGCUGUGACAACGGAACCCUUGCUAUGGGAUGGGGUAGCGGAACGACAAAUUUCCCUUACCUUGUGACUCCAGAUGACGCUAUUCAGCGUGAAAUCGUAUCCAAGGGUGUUGGAAAUGUCAUGUCUGUCCUCCAGAAUGGCGAUUUCAACAACAUAAAGACGGUUGCAGGCCAAGCCGACGUUGCCUUGGUGUUUGUCAACUCUGGAUCUGGUGAAGGGUAUAUUUCGGUAGAUGGAAACGAAGGUGAUCGAAAGAACUUGACGGCAUGGAAGGGAGGUGAGGAAAUGGUCAAACAGGUCACCGCAGUAUGCAACAACACCGUUCUUGUCAUCCAUAGCGCUGGCCCCAUUUUGGCUGGAGAAUGGCACGAUAACCCAAACAUCACUGCUAUUCUAUGGGCUGGUCUUCCUGGCCAGGAGAGUGGAAACGCUCUGGCAGAUAUCCUUUACGGCAAGGAGAACCCAGGUGCUAAAUCGCCUUUCACCUGGGGUAAAACUGCUGAAGACUAUGGCACCCAUAUCUUGAAAGAACCAAACAAUGGAAAGAACGCACCUCAGAUCAACUUCUCAGAAGGUAUCUUCAUGGAGUACAGGCAUUUUGAUAAAGAGAACAUCACUCCCGUCUAUGAGUUUGGAUUUGGAUUGAGUUAUACCACCUUCUCCUACUCGGGCUUGAGAGUCAGGACGUUACGCGCCAACCCAUACAAGCCUACAACAGGCUCCUCGCUGCCGGCACCAAAACUGGGCCAUUCUUCGGGAAACUAUGCAGACUACCUGUUCCCCGACGGAUUCCAUGGCGUCACGAAAUAUAUCUACUCCUGGCUAACCUCGACUGACCCAAAGAAAGCAUCUGGAGAUAGCCACUACGGACUUCCAAUCGAGGACUACGUGCCUCCAAACGCCAACAACGGGGACGCACAGCCUUUGCUCCCAGCUAGCGGUGCUCCUGGCGGAAAUCCUGGCUUGUUUGAAGAUUUGUAUGAAGUCUCAGCUGUCAUCACCAACGAUGGCGACAGAGUCGGCGAAGAGGUUCCACAGCUGUACGUUUCCCUCGGUGGCGAGCGUGACGCGAAGAUUGUUCUCCGUGGGUUUGAUCGGAUCCGAUUAGCUCCAGGGCAACGAUUCAGGUGGAGAACUACCCUCACCCGACGCGAUGUAUCCAACUGGGACCCGUCACGUCAAGACUGGGUCAUCACCGAUCACCCGAAAACCAUCCAUGUAGGCAGCUCUUCACGGAAGUUGCCGCUUCAGGCACCAUUGCCUGCUCCGGACCUAGCCUCCUGA